AAAGAUGGAUCAUAUUUAUCUUUUCUCCCUUUCUCUUGUACCUUUAAUCUCCCUGCUUUUGCUUUUCAAAUUAAGUAAACCCAAAAAUGUUAAAAAUCUUCCACCAAGUCCACCAUCUCUCCCAGUUAUUGGCCAUCUUCAUUUAUUCAAAGGACCAGUUCAUAAAGUGUUACAACGCCUUUCUUCCCAAUAUGGUCCCAUCAUGGCUCUUCAAUUCGGGUCCCGCCCGGUCCUCGUAAUAACCUCACCAUCAGCUGCAGAAGAAUGCUUCACCAAAAACGACCUCAUUUUAGCCAACAGACCAUUUUUUUUAAGUGGCAAGUAUUUUGACUAUGAUCACACGGGCAUCGGUUCAGUGCCCUACGGACGUUUGUGGCGAGACAUUCGUCGCAUUAUGACCGUUGAACUUUUCUCAACAACGCGUCUCAAAACUUACACGCGUGUCCGACAAGAAGAAAUCGCGGCAUUGAUCAAACAACUUGUUCAAGAUUGUUUUCAAGGUUUUACCAGAGUGGAAAUGAGGUCAAGAAUAGAAGGGCUACCCUUUAACAUAAUCUUGAAAAUGGUUGCUGGCAUUCGGCCGUGUGGCACGGAGAAUGACUUGAAAGAAGUUAGUGAGUUUAAGGAUGUGAUGAGGGAUGCAUUUGAAAUCAGUGGAGCAACAAAUGCUGGUGACUUCAUUCCAUUAUUGAAAUGGAUUGAUUUUCAGGGUUUGGAGAAGAAGCUAGUAAGUUUGCAACAUAAAGCCGAUAGGUUUUUGCAGAAGUUGAUAGAAGAGUGUCGGAGUAAAGGGUCUGAUUGCUCUAUAGAGAAAGGAAAGGAGAAGACGUUUAUGGAGGUGAUACUUUCUUUGCAGGAAUCAGAACCCGAAUAUUAUACUGAUAACGUAAUCAAAGGCAAUAUAAUGGCAUUGCUAUUUGCUGGAACAGACACUUCAUCUGUGACAACAGAGUGGGCUAUGUCACUUCUUCUAAAUCAUCCCAACGUUUUAGAAAAAGCUAGGGCAGAAAUUGAUGAAUAUACGCGUCAAGAACGUUUGGUACAAGAGACCGAUCUUCUGAAUCUUCCAUACAUCCAAUGCAUCGUUAACGAAACGCUAAGACUAUUCCCAGCCGCACCACUAUUGGUGCCACAUGAGUCAUCAGAAAACUGCAUCAUUGGAGGGUUUGAUGUGGCCAGUGGCACAAUAGUGUUGGUGAACGCACUAGCCAUCCAUAGGGACCCAAAUGUGUGGGACGACCCAUUGAGUUUCAAGCCAGAGAGGUUUGAGAAAAUGGGAAAGCAGGGGUACCGGUUCAUACCGUUCGGAAUGGGACGUCGACAGUGCCCUGGGUACAGCCUCGCGAACAAGGUCGUUGGGUUAGCUUUGGCAUCUUUGAUCCAAUGCUUUGAGUGGGAAAGGGUUGGUGAAGAGUUGGUUGGGUUGUCGGAAAGGAAAGGUCUAACCAUGCCUAAAGAUGAACCGUUAGUGACAAUGUGCAAAGCUCGUGAAAAAAUGAGUCCGUUUCUUAAGGCAUUAUGAGAACAUGUUGAAUGAUCAAUGGUUGAUAUGUGUUUUUGUGUUUGAGUUAACCAUGUCACUUUUGUCAAAACUUCGUAUUUAUAUUAGGAAAUAUGUAUCAAGGUUGUGUUAAAAGAAAAGAUUUAAUUCUCAUU